AUGGAGCAUGUUGUCGACUCCACUAAAGUUCCUUGCCUCUAUGGCAAUCUUGGAUGCACUAAGAAGAUAACCUACUAUGAGAAAGAAGACCACGAGAAAGUGUGCCCUCAUGGGCCGUGCUUCUGGCCCGAAACUGACUGCUCCUUCUGUGGAUCAACUUCGAUGCUCCAUGAGCAUUUCGCUUCCGUUCACAUGUGGCAUUGCAUCAGGCUUUCCUACAACAAGGCAUUCCGAUUCCGCGUUGCACAGGGCUCAACAGUCCUCGAGGGUGAAGAUGGGCACUUGUUCUUGGUUAACAUGGUACUGGAGCCCGUUGGUGGUGUCAUCUCACUUUUCAGCAUCCAGCCUAACAUCACUGAAUCAAACUUCAAGUGCAAACUGGCAGUCUCAUGUCCUGAAAUGAGCUACUCUCAGGUUAGUCAGUUCCAAAUGAGAAGCACCAAUCUGUUUGAUGGGCUACCAAAGGAUCGCUUCCUAUUUGUUGUGCCGAAGGUGCUGCUCCGAGAUACCAGUACAAAUGCCACAGCCAGUGUGAGUGUGAGUGUGAGUGUGACACUCAUUCCACCAUAA